AUGCCCGGACAUUCUCGCCGAAACCCACAAAAUAACCUGCUCGGCGCCAUCAACCAGGUCGAAGCCGUUUCCACUGACAAGCCACACUCUCUCGACAUCUCCAGCAUUCUCCAUCGCCUGCCUGACGCCGUCAUUCGCGCUCUAUUGCCGCUCCUCGAAUUAGACAACGAAGCCUUUCGCAUCCUAUCCGGGGCCGCACACAUUCGACGAACCACCGAAGCCUUCGCACGAAGCCGCAAGGUGGUCGGAAUUGCCCUGCAGGACAUUGAAGCCGCCUCAAAACACGUGGACAAGCUUGACAGAUCAUGCAGUGACUUUCAGAUGCAAGAUGAGGUUUCCAUGAUCAAACGCGAUUUCCGUACACCCCAGGAUGAGGCGGAAAUUUCUGUGGAGGCAUCGGGCUCUGGGCAGCACUACACCCGAGCAACAGAUGCUGGUGACGCGCGGGAGUAA